AGCAAUCACAUUUUCACGACCAAUUGAUCCAUGUUCAAGCCGCGGUCCGUCGAGGCCGUCACGGAAGCUCUCAAGGAAGAUGCCAAUGAUGGUACCGUGAUCAUUGACUACAAAGGACAGAAGGGUCGCGCCGCGCAUGAGCGCAAACUCCUAAAGAAGGAUGCAGCUCCAUUACCUGCCUCGGAAGGUGUCGUGGCCAAGUUGGCAACGCUGCAACGAGGAAUCUUGAGCGAGACCAGGUUUUCUGCCGGCAACAUUCAGCCCACCCGUCUACAAGUCACAGGAACGUCGGGCAAUGACAAUGUCGUCGAGUUUGUGUACGCCACGGGGCGCCAAAUCUUCGAGACGCAUGUGCCGCUGGGGCUGUCGGCCGACGAGCAGGAACGUGUGACGCUCGGGACGCAAGGCGCCAACAUCUCCAACAUCGUACAGAUGAAAGCGCCGACGUCACGUCCGCUGGUCGCAGAGGAGGUGCUGCACAAGGCGGAGAUCCAAUCCCUCGCACACAAGGGUCCAUUGGUGGCCUCAGUGGACGCGCGCGGCGUGGCUGUGCUGUACACCGCAUCGAGCGGCGCCGUGAACACGGACGAUAUCCACGACAACGACGAGGAAUCAAGUGGGGAGUCAUCGAGAAAGAAGUUGAAAGCGGCAGACUGUCGCGCGACGGGCCACGUGCUGAGUGGCGACGGCGGGACCCCCGAGCUUGGCUGGGCUGGCAUCGCAUUCAACCCCGUGUCGAACCAGAUUGUCACAGCGCAUAGCUUCACCAAGGCCGUUCGCUUUUACGACAGCCACACGCUUCAGACGACGCAUGUGCAAACGUCGUUGCUCAUGCCCACGGCGCUGGCGUACUCGUCCUCGUCGACGCUAGUCGUGGCGGAGUACAAUCAGAUGUCGAUAUGGGACUCCAAAUCACACCAGCGCAUCGCCCGCGAAGGGCUGCCGUCGCUCGGAUGUGUGCAUGCGGUCGCGUGGUCGUUGGAUGGCAACUCGGUAGCUAUUGGGGGUGAAGACAAGAUCGCGUACAUUUACGACACGCGCAAGUGGAAGCUCCGUUCCUUGUGGCGCUGUCCGUUAAAGUACGAGUUGGCGUACCUGGCAUUCUCGCCGACGGACCCGACGCUGUGCUACGUGGCAGGUCUGGACAACGAGCUCAUGGUGGGCACGUUCGACGGGGCGGAGAAGAAGAAGCACGCGGCCAAGGAACACUCGCCGUCCAUCCUUCAGAUGAACCACCACCUCGGCUUCCGCGGGGACUCGCGGUGGAUUGGGGUGGACGUGAUCCGAGACGGCAGCGGAGGACAUGACUUGGCCGUCGGCGCGUGCGAGAGCGGCAGCGUGUACGCUAUUCAACCGGCCCAGCACAUGUUGGGAUAGACUUAAGAUGUGAAAUGCUAAAAUACUUGAAACGAGUUCGGCGAU